AUGGAUGUUCCAAGCAGCGCUCUAUUACUCCACUCAUCGAUUGACAAAGAUCCAUUGCCGCAAGGAUGCUCCGGUAUUUCGAUCUCAACGGAUUGGAUAUUGACACACGGUAUUGUAUUGGAUCCGAUUAUCGACAAAUCCUAUGCAGUAUCGAAUUUCGUUACGAACAUGGUAUCGGGAGAACUCAUAACAAUACCAAGAGAACUCAUGAGCGAGUUGAAAUUUCGAGUCUAUCGCGAUCUAGGGAGCGAUAACGAUUCCCGAUCAAGUUCAUUAAAGGAACAUCACGGUAUGAUUGUGGCUGCCUGGCAAUGUCCACUCUUGAAGAAGACUUUUGAUGAGUUCUUCAAAACAUGGAGCUUCUCCAAGUCAACCAAGUUCACUCGAUCAUUACGGUCGAUUUUUCUAUUUGUCCGUAUCUACAAUUCCGAAUCGAUCGUAGAAACGUCGCUCGAACAAGCCUUGUCUUGUUUAUUGAAUCAAAUUCCGCGGAAUCUUAUCCGCGGGUCAUCCGUGAUAAUCGAGUCCACGCCCUUUGGUAAUCCCGUGUUCGCCGGCUCGAUUGCACACGGUGUUAUCAGUAACGUCGUCGGUGACGAAGGCUGCGUUAUCAUGACGGACGCGUAUGCGUUUCCUGGUGGCGAGGGCGGUCCCGUUUACAUCAUUCUGCCGGACAGCAAACACAGAAUUAUCAGUGGCAUGGUGAUAGCGCCAUUGAGCUGGUGUCGCGGGGAAUGGGUGGAUUACACUUUUGCCGCUAAUCUUAUGCCGUGUGUACUUAACAUUUUACGGAAGAAAAAUCUUCCUUGUCGUCCGAUUACAUAUCAAGAAAAUAUAGAUGUGGCAUUAGAUAGAGGCGUUGUGCUCGUUAGAUGUGGAAUUAAUUGGGGUACGGGCGUCCUCGUGCAUAAGGAUACUGGUACAUUCCUAACAUGUUCGCACGUCGUCGCGGAGGCGUCAGAAAGAGAGAUAUCGAUUAUAAUGAGGCCGGACAAGACCAAUUCAUGUAUCCGGGCAAAACUAUUAUACAGAACACCAGAGAAUCAACCCUAUGACAUCGCUGUAUUGAGGAUGGAUCCGCAAGAUGUGGAUCCUUCGCUAAAAUCCGUACGCUUGUCUCAUACUGCAAUUUUAAAUAAGGGCGAGCCAGUAGUUUCCAUAGGAUUUCCAUUCUCGUCGUCCAUCCGGCCGACUAUCAGUAGUGGCGUAGUCUCCAAGUCGAUGGACUGUGCACUCCUGACGACCUGUUGCGUCCAGAGCGGUACCAGCGGCGGACCGAUCAUCAAUCGUACAACCGGGGAUAUGCUGGGAAUGGUCGUAUGCAACGUCCUCUCUUCGGAUGGCACCACACUCUACCCGCGGAUGAGUUUGGCGGUGCCGGCUACCAUACUGAGCGGGCCCCUACGGGAAUACUUGCGCACUGAUAAUCCCAACGUGCUUCGAGCUUUCACGUGUGACGAUGCGAUAGUAUGCAAGAUUUGGGACUUCUAUCCUUUCUUACCAGCCAAACUGUGAAAGGAGAGCACAAGA